CAAUUGGAAACUAUUUAUACAUGUUUGUCCAUGAUAGUACUUCAACCUAUUUGGGUACUGUAUGAUUCAUCACUUUCUCUGUGUAUUACUUUAAAGAAAAGCUAUAUAAUCAAUAAUUAUAUCUCUGUCGUAAUUGUCUGCUAUUUUAUGAUGCCCCAGUAUCCAAGCCUGAGUUCAGAGCUUGUGAAGUUAUACUUAUAAGAAAAGCCACAACUCUCUAAUAUAUGAACCCCUUAUAUCCUAUCCACUUGGUCUGAUGACUAGAAUAUCAAUAUGGCACACCGGCCUGUUGCCUUCAAUCGCAUAAUCACUACCCACGAUCACCGAACCGGAAAGGCUGUCUUUCAGAAGGGUAUCGAUGAGAGUGUUCCUUUUGCAGGGUUUCCGGUUCCACCGGGAAGGCCGACUACAUCUGACUAUGCACUUGCCUAUGCAACCACAAGAUUUCCAGUGAAGGGGCUUUCCCCACCCGCGCUAGUCACACCUGAGGCAGAUGCAAACCUGGACAUCAAACAAUAUAUGUCUAAACUCCGCGAUCCCUCCCCUUUAAACCCAGAUAAGGGAACGGCCUGCACAGUAAUUGAGGUGCCGCCUAAAGUUGACAUCCCGAUGCACCGGACUGAGAGUCUUGAUUACGGUGUUGUCAUUGAUGGAACUACGGAACUAGUCCUUGACUCGGGUGAGACGAGAGUUUUAAGAAAAGGCGAUGUUUUCAUCCAGCGAGGCACUGCGCAUUCAUGGCGGAAUAUUACUCACUCAGAGGACAACAACGGUGUUCUCCGUGUGUUCUUUGUUUUUCAACCAAUUGAGCCUGUGCGGAUCGGGGAGGAAGAGUUGCACCAAGAUUUGGAGCUAUCCUUGAAACCCAAGCAUUAGUCAGCUAGAAUAGCAUUUUGACCAGCCAGCUUCGGCCGGAAAUAUGAAUUUUUAACAAGUGAGUGAUGGCAUGAGAAACAAUACCUAUUGCCCGGCGGAAGAAAACUACAGACUAUGGUACAGUCGUAAAAGCUAGCUGUUGUGGAGCUAGCUGGAAGAGGCAACGUUACAUGUCCAAUCACAGUUUUAUUACA